UUGAGCUCUAAAGUCAAAUAAAUAAAAAUAAAUAAAUAUUAACGCACGGAUAAAUAAAUACAGGAAUACAUGAAAAAUAAAUGUAAAAUGGAUGAAUAAAUAAAUGGAUAGAUAAAUAAAUUGGCAAAAAUUUGCCGUGUCCUUAUGAACAUGGGUUUGAAAGGCAUGAAAAAAAAUGGUUUAACAAGUGUAUGACCAUUAACUGACAGGUUGAAUAAUCCUACAAAGACACCAGAUAUUUGCCACUGACUCGACUAUGAUCAGGGCAAUAAAAUGGGAACCUGCUCAAGUUCGCCACUGUACGGGACAAGCCGAAAGGAAAAGAAGAAGAUAAUAUCGUUGUUUGUACCCUGACGUGAGAAAACAGGUUGUGAGCAACUCCGACGCUUAAAAAAGGAGCCACCAAGAGUGCACGCAGGUCAUGUUGUUCAGACGGCGCUGACGAGUGCAUCUAAAAGGGUCCGGCGCUCGAGGGAUGCGCCACAUCCUGCUCCAAUUUAAGUCCUGAGUGUUACCUUGGAAACCACCUGACUGGGUGCGAUGGCCUUUGCGAGCAUUGGGAGGCUUUCAGGGAAAAGUGGGCCAGAGUGAGCCAGAGUGAGAGUCUCUGUCACCAAACCGCCAGGUCGUGGGCACGGAAAUGAAAAUGUCUAGAUAGCAAAUAGCCCUGUAUGUAAAUGCAUUUUUUUUGGGGGGGGGGGUCUUGAUAAAAAAAAAAAAAUGCAUAAAGAAAAUCAUGGGUAAACUAAUUACUAACCCUUAGAGACCCCACAUGUAUCUUCUUUUCCUCCUUUAUUAGCAAGCCUAUGGGGGCAAUUUUAACUUUGACCCCAAUAAAAACAAGUUUUAUUUACAUGCAUUCUUUCUAUCAGCUGACUAAUCUUAUGAACGUUAUCAGCAGCGGCAUGGUGGCCUCACAGUUCUUAGGUCCCGGGUUCAAUCCCGUACCCGUCUGUGUGGAGUUUGCAUGUUCGCCCCAUGCCUACGUGGGUUUUCUCCGGGCACUCUGGUUUCCUCGUACAUCCCCAAAAACAUGCAACAUUAAUUGGAGACUCUAAAUUGGGCCUAGGUGUGAUUGUGAGUGUGGCUGUUUGUCUCUAUGUGCCCUGCGAUUGGCUGGAAACCAGGAUGCACCCCGCCUCCUGCCUGUUGACAGCUGGGAGAGGCUCCUGCACUGCCCGCAACCCUUGUGAGGAUAAGCGACUAAGAAAAUGGAUGGAUGGAAUCAGCAUUCUCAACCACUAACAUUUGUUUCGGAUUAAAAACCUUACAGCUUACCGCCACGAGAGGGCAGACUUGCGCGCUAUUUGAGGAUUGCAAUGAUUUGCAUUGAACCAGUGCUCAUUUCUUCUCUAUUUUGGGGGAUUCGGCUGAGUGACAUCUCCCAGGUUAGGAUUUGCAGUCUGUUUGGUGUGACGCGUUCCUUGAGUGUGCUUGUUGGAUAAUUUGCUUUCAGUUUUUGCGCCUGGAAGUCAUCAAGGAUGCGCACCGAGACUCAACGGCUUCCCCGCACGGCGCGUUAACAAGAACCGAUGCAAUCAUAAAAGCAGCACGGGAAGGAGGUGGGCGACAUGAGUUUGCAGAACCGGAGCCAGAGCAGCGCGCGGCGCACGGACUACGUGUGGCAAUAUGAAUACUACGACGAGGAGCCAGUCUCCUUCGAGGGACUCAAAGCACACAGAUAUUCCAUUGUAAUCGGCUUCUGGGUUGGACUUGCUUUGUUUGUCAUUUUCAUGUUUUUUGUUCUCGCAAUGCUGACAAAAACAGGAGCGCCACACCGGGAAAAUCCAGACGCCGAGAACCUGCCCGGUCCAGGAAACGGUCUGGUGAACAUCAUCGGUCCGAAAGAAGACGAUGACGACGGCGAAGCCGUUUCCCGUCCCUUCCUGGCGGAGUCCCGGCCUUACUUUCAUUUCUACAUCAGUGAGGAUAAAGACGGGAAGCGGAGGCAAAAGCCCGAAGCAAAGCAGGAUGACCGGUCACAGGAAGACGAAGAAACGAGGCAAGGCUUGCUUCUCAAGAGGAAAACAGACACCGACUGCGCCUUCUUGUCCAACUUUAACAUCCCAAACUUUGUCAGCUUUGAGCACAACUCUCUGGGAGAAGACGACCUGCUGUGUGAGCCCACCAUCACACCGAAUCAGAACAUUUGAUCUACAUGCUAACAUUCGCUAAGAGUUUUACCAGAAAGGAGAUGACGGGCAUAGCUGUCAUUAUUUAGAUCCUCUUCCCUGGAACGAUUGACGGCAUCGCAGAAAACCUGUAAACCAGAACGACUAACCAAUGAUACCCAAGCACUAAAUGCCCGACUUUUAACGUUAGCUUCUUAUGCCAGGCAGCAAACCCGCUCAAAGGUUUAGCUCAUUUAUCUACUCACUGAACAACAAAGAUUUGACGUGCCUAGAAUUCUUAAAACAAGGAAACAUACCUAACCUAAAAACAGAACCAAAAUGUCCAGUGUUUAUAGUACAUACACCUCAAGAAUUAUGGUUUCAUCUUUGGCUAAAAUUAGCUUCUCUUUUAACAAGUUCUGCCAUUAAGUGGCCGCCGAUGCAGAGUACGCCAAUGUGGCGACGUGCUCCCACAUCUUUACGCUUUUUGUCGUUUCUCCUGAAACAAAGUAUCAGGCGGCGAUUAUUAUGCAAAAGAACAUUGCGAGACGUUGCCGUCAACUAGCCGCUUUCGGCAAAUAAGAUGUGCCGGGAAUGCUGCAUGUUCUAUCAUCCUUAAUUAACUCGCUCUAAAGAGGCUUUCGCAUGUGACAGAUGAGCAGCGUUUAAUUAUGAAAUUCCCGACAUGCCAGCGACGUACUCAGCCCUUUCUCCUCCGCUGACUUGUGUUAGUCGGAUGUCGGGCGUGAUUGGCAGCGGUUCUUCGUGGGUAAUGCACUGGAAACAAUUAGACAACGUGAGAAUUUCAGGGGGCAGUUUCUCACCUUUACCGCUUUAAGCAACACGGCGAUUACAGUGUUAGCUUCGAGCAGCGGUUUCCAACCGCUGUGCGGCGGCACGUUAGCGCGGCGUGCUAGCUAGCACGUGACGCUUUAUUUACGACACACAAUGUCUUUGCUCAUCUAUCUUUGCUCGCAAUGUAUAGUGACAGGCGCAACAGUUAAAUGCAAGCAUAAAUAUUGCAACUUGAUGAUGGCCUGUGCAUUAAUUUUAUAACUACAAAAAUACCUUUCAUCCCUGAAAAGAUAAAAGUUUCUUUCGGCAUGUCCCUUUCGGGGUCACACACAUUUUUGGGGGGGAGGGGGCUUCAUAAGUCAUCUAAUUAAUAGAUUGCACCUGUGUGUAAUUUACCAAACACACCAGUUCAGUGACAGCGUCAGUGUUUUUUUUUUAGUUUUUUCCUGUAUGUAAAUACUAUAAAAUUAUGUAUAUUUCUCCUCAAGAAAUGUUCCCGGAUUGUAGGUGCUUGAAAUUUGAAGGUACUACUGUACAAUGUUGUGAACAAAAUAGUAUUGUGAGAGCAUUAAUUGGAUACUCUAAAUUGCCCCUAGGUGUGAUUGUGAGUGCGGCUGUUUAGCUCUAUGUGCCCUGUGAUUGGCUGGCAACCAUUUCAGGGUGUACCCCGCCUCCUGCCCGUUGACAGCUGGGAUAGGCUCCAGCACUCCCCGCGACCCUCGUGAGGAUAAGCGGCAAAAGAAAAUGGAUGGAUGAAUAGAUGAAGAUAGGUCAAUCCUCAGUAAACUGCACUAAUACUCAUCGUUCUUCACAGAGGAUAAAGAAUAAGUACACGUUAUAUAUUGUUAUAUUUCUGUAUUCCGGCAAAACUGGAGGGAAUUAUGAACAUUCUGAAACAGGAGUCAGCAUCAGCAUAAUGCCAUCAAGUUUUUUCUAAAAAGCAAGAAAAGCUGGAGUUGAAAUUAUACAAGAAUAAAGUCGGAUGUCUCCAACAAUGAGAUGUAAUGUCAAUUUUCAUGUCACAUUUUACAAGUUCAUUUCCAAAUGAUGACUUUAUUGUCCUAUUUCUUCACACCAUACAUUAUUUUGGAAAAUAUGCCUUUCAUCCCUAUGACAAAAACUGUUUCCCGUUCCAAAAAUAAGUAAAUAAAAUAUGGGACUUUUUUGCACGGUUAAAAAAAAUUACACGCAGGAAAAAAAAAAACAUCCAUCCAUUUUUGAUAGCGGAUGCUACGAUUAAGGUCACAGGUGAGCUGGAGCCAAUAUGAACUAGGGCGGAGAGGUCGGAUACACCCUGGACUGGUCGCCAACCAAUAACGGGGAAUAGUUUAUAAUAUAAUAAUAGUUAGGGAAAAAAAAUAAUUCAAUUAAAAAGGGGAACGCACUUUCAUUGAAAGAUGGAUGGAAAUUUCGACUGUUCGGCCUUGGCGGACGUCUGAAUUCUGCUCAGAGUGCAAAUAGAUAAAAGGAUGAGUGAGUCAACACAGCAUCGUGCCCUGGAGUAGCAGGAGUGUGACAAAAAGCUUUUUACUGGACGGAUGUGUAAAAAGGGAUGUUUCUAAAAUGAAAAAUAAAAUAAUAAAAACUCCUCUGUACAUGAAUCGAUCCCACAAAAGUGCAGUAUAUGUACUGAAUUGAUGCUGGAGAAAUAGAUCAUUUGUGUGCGGCAUAAUUGCGAAAAUCCUGCUUUACCAGGUUUACGUUGGACGCUGCGUUUUUUUUUUUUU